ACCAAUGGUGUACAAGUUAGUGUGCUGUCAGCCAGCUCGCCAGCAUCUUCUCUAAACAAGGAGAGCUGAGAAGGAAGGCUUUGUGGAAUUCUUCUUUCCCCUGGAUGGGAUAACUCUGACCCCUCUCAGCCUGGGUCACAGCCACAUUAUUCUAGUCAGGCUGCAGAUCUCUAGGUGUUCUGUCAGGAGCAGGGGGUGUCCUCCUUCUCUAAGGCACUAUAUAUUACAUCUAUAUAAAGGGACUAGAAUUAAUCAGAAUCCCAACAGGGAGCUACUGUCCCAAGGAGAGAGUGAAGAGCUGGGACUCAGGCACCAUGGGAGCUGCUACCUCGCAGGUCAGUGAAAAGACCAAGGAAGAGCAAGCUGAGAAGCAGGAAGAUCUUGAGAAAAAUGUGCCCAGUGUGGAUGCAGCAAGUGAAGGUGCCCCUGAGCUUCUUCAUAAGAAUGGUCAGAUUGCCAUCAUCAAUGGCACUACGGAAGGAGGAGGAGAAGAAGAAGAGAUAGUAGCUGGGAUACUGGCUGAGAAUAUAAAUGGCAUUAUUGAAGAAAAUGGUGUUCAAAAUGUGGUAGAAGAAGAUUACUCAGCUUCAACACAAAAUGAAGAGCCAGCUGAAAACAUGGAGGUUGUUCCCAGUGAAGCUACUCAAAAAAUUGAAAUAAAGGAACAGGACCAGGAUGAAGCUCCAGAAGCCACAAAUGCAACUUCAGAUGAAAAAGAAGAAUCACCAGAGCAAACCAAUGAAACCCAGUCCAAUGAAGUUGGAUUUAAAAAGGUUUUCAAAUUUGUGGGCUUUAAAUUCACUGUGAAAAAAGAUAAGGUUGAAAAAUCUGAACCUGUACAGCUGUUAACAGUGAAACAGGAGAAGGUAGAAGUGAAUGGCACAGAAAAUCAUGAAAAGCAAAAUGAUGUUAGUGAUGAAAAUGUGCUGGAGACAGAAGAGACCAAAGAAGAGGAGAAACAGUCAGAAACAGUAGUUGAACCAGUAGUAGAACCAGCAAUUCAAACAUCUGAGACUCAAGAAGAGGUUUCUGGGGAAAAGCCAAAAAGUGAAGAAGAAACUAAAUUAGAAAAAGAACAGGUCAAAACACCAGAAUCUCCAACCAACCCACUUGUUGUUGAAACAUCUUCCCCACUAAAGAAAUUUUUUGCACAGGGUUGGGCUGGACUAAGAAAAAAGACGAGCUUCAGAAAGUCAAAGGAGGAGGAUCAUCAGGAAGUAGAAAAGCAUAUUAUAAGUGAAGAACAGGAAAAAGCUGAAUCUCAAGCCAAAGAGGAAGCUGGGGAGAACCAAAUAAUAGUCAAUGGUGAAACAUUACCAAAGGAUGCAAGUGAAACUGAAGAAUUAAAGGCAUCUGUCGAUAAGGAAACUCAGCCCAACACCAUUGAAUUAGCAAAGCCAGAAGAAUGCCCAGCUGAUGAACUGUCAGUUCCCAAAGAAGACAUUAAACAAGAAAAUGUAGAAAUAUGUGAAGUAUCUGCCACACAAAGUAUAGAAACUUCUGUUGAAGUAGUCAAUGCUGUUCCAGUGCCAACUGAGUUUAGUGAACAAAAGAAAGAAGCUGACACUACAGAAGAUAAAGAUGUAAGCCAAAUUACAGUAGUCAGCACUUCUAUUGCUAAUACAGAGGAAGUAAAGGAAACACUUUCAGAAAUGGCACCUGACACUGAAGUCACCUGUGACAAAGAUAACAAAGAAACAAAUGCUGAACAGGCCCAGGCAGCUAUAAACACAGAGAGGACAGAAGCUGAAAUAUGUCCAGAACCUAUAAUGACAGAAACUGAACUGUUGUCAUCACAAGAAAAAGCUAAACUACAAGGUAGCCCUUUAAAAAAGCUUUUCAGUGGAACUGGUUUAAGGAAACUCUCUGGAAAGAAGCAUAAAGGCAAGAAGGAAGAUGACACUAAGACAGAAGUUACCUUAGAGGUACCAAUAUCAUCAGACAUGCCUGAAGGAGAUGGAGACAAUACCUCACCUUCUUCUCCUGAGGAGUCAGCUGAGACCUCACCCACAGAAAAAGUGCCAGAAGAUGCUCUACAGGCAGUAGAAACAGAAGGUGAUGGGGCCACAUCUGAUGGGGAGAGAAAAAGAGAGGGUAUUACACCAUGGGCAUCAUUUAAAAAACUAGUCACUCCUAAAAAACGACCCAAAAGACCAUCAGAAAGUGAUAAAGAAGAAGAAGUUGAAAAGAUAAAGACUUCUACUAUGUCCUCUACUGAGAGUGCUGGUUCAGUUGAGAAUCAAGAAGAAGCCAAAGAAAAUGGUGAAGAACAAAAACUUGAAAAAAGUACAGAAGAAAAUAAGAAAAAAGUUGACAACUCAGUGUCAUGGGAAGCAUUAAUCUGUGUUGGCUCAGCUAAGAAAAGAGCACGAAAGACAUCUGAUUCAGAUGAGGAAGAAACACAAAAAAACAUUGAAGAGAAUAAAAAAAUAGAGGAAGAUGUUGAUAAAAGUAAAGAAUGUGAACCAGAAGGCCCUAUUGUUAGCUCACAAGAAAAGGAACAAGUAAAUGAUAGCCCCUCACCAGACCAAGCAACAAGCCCUGCUGAAGGAGAUGCCGGGUCAACUUGGCAGUCCUUUAAAAGACUGGUUAUUCCAAGGAGAAAAUCGAGAACCAGGGCAGAGGAGAAAACUGAAGAGACUGCUGUAGUGUCUAAUACUGAACAGCCAACUUCAGAUGGGGAGGCUGGAAAGGAAGAAGGAUGGGUAUCAUUUAAAAAACUAAUCCCUGGGCGUAAAAAGAAAAAAUCAGAAGGCAAGCAGGAACACGCUGCAAUAAGUGAUGCUGGAAAAUCAGUAGAAGGAUGUGAGGCAAUGGAGGAUGAUUCUGAUGUGCCGGCAGUAGUUCCAUUGUCUGAAUUUGAUGCAGCUGAGCAGGAAAAGCGUGAAGCCCAGCAAACUGAAGAUGCUUUGACUGAUGUCUCAAAAGAUGAAGCAAAAACACCAGAGAAUACCUCUGAAGACCUUAUUCAUGCAAUUACUGUUACUGUUGUUGAGGGAGAGAGAGCUGUUACCAGUCUGGAAGAUAGGGCCCCCUCUUGGAUAAGUGCAAGUGUCACAGAUACUGUUGAGCAAGCAAAUGAACUUACAGAGCCCAGUACAAAAGAAAGAAUAAAGUCUGAAGUUACAGUAGAAGAAGCUGUUAUUUUUGGUGAAGUUUCACAGAUGGUAGGAUCCGGAAACACUAUAAUAAAUGAGGUGGAAUUAACUUCCGAAGCUCUAACUGCUCUUGAAGAAGCAAUUGAAUAUUCAUGUGCUGAAGAGACAACAGAAAUGAUAUCUGCUGCUUCACAGUUAGGUGACUCAUUUACCCCCACAGAAGAAGUUACACCUGUUCCAGAGGAAGAUGAGGGUAGCCAGAGUUUGGAUGUGCCAGAUCAAGUCCUCAAUGAGGCUGCAGAAUUGGCAGAGCAGUCUACUCAAGCUUUGGUUGAAAAACAGGUUGAAGAAAGUACCUGCAUUUCUGCUGAAGAGCAGGGUAUAGAAAGCACCCUUACUUCAGCUGAGCAGAUUGAAGAAUGCACCACUGUAUUAGCAGAAAGUCAUGAUCAAAAGGACACCUCAAUUUCAGCAGCAAUUAAAUCAGUGAUAGAAAAGGAUGGGGCUUACUUAAUUUCUGUUGUGGAACACAUUAAUGAAAUUCCUGUCAUUUCAGUUGAGCCUGCAGAUCAGGCUGAUACAGAUGCCCCAGUAGCCACAAAGGAAUAUCUUGCAGAUUCUGUUUUGCUUGAAGAGGCAAGAGAGGAAACAAGUGUUGGUUCAGCUGAAGUAAAAGUUGGUGAAAGCCAUGCUGAUAAAAUAGCUGAUACUGCAGAGGAACAGGAUGAAAGUGCUCAUAUUUUGUCUGAAAAUACGGUUGAAGAAUGUGCCAAUGUUUCCAUAACAUCACAAGAUAAUGAGCCUGUUCCUGCAAAAUACAAUUUUAAGGAAGUCACACCUAUUUCAAAAGAAGUUGAGGCUCCUCCUGUAAAAGAGCAUGUCUUAAAUUACUUAAUUUCUGCUGUUGAGCAAGUAGACAUUGCACCUGAGAAGACUGUUGAAGGAAAUACUCAAAUCUUGGAACAGGAGCUACUAAAAGAAUUGAGUGAAGAGCAAUCUAACAUAAGUGCCUCUACUGUUCAUGAAGAGCAAGUUAAAGAAGUUGCUUUAAUAUCAGAUGAGCAAGAAACCCUGGAACAUCCAUACGCUUCAGAUGAUUUAGAAUCUAAAGAAGGAGCUAUCUUUUUAGCAGAGGAGCAGGUUGAAGAAAGGUCGGACAUUUAUGUAAAGGUUACAGAAAGUGCCGUGAUUUUUGCUGACAAGAAAGAAAAUGAAAGUACUUUUGUUUUGACUGAAACACAGACUGAUGAAAGUUCACAAAUUUUUGUAGCAACACAGGCAAUAGAAAGUGUUUCUGUUUUGAAAGAGGAGUUGGCAACAGAAAGUGACCCUGUGGUGCCAGUGGAGCAGGCUAACAAUAUUGCCACAGCUGCCAAGGCUGCCAUUAAUGCUUCAAGUGAAGAUGAAAAGCAAAUUUCAGAAUGUUCAACAGUUAUGUUUGAUGAACAUACAGAGAAAGAACAUGUUGCAGAAAGUCCCACACAUGUUACUACAACACUUACCGCAGAAAUUGCUUCUGUAGCUGAACAGGAUGCUGUGAAGGAAGAACAAUAUGCAGAAUACCCCCACAGUAUGGCAGGUUUUAGUGAUUCCCCGGUUUCAGAGAGUCCCCCCGCUCUGACUAUAGAGCAGACCAUGGAAGUCACCACUCCAGCUGAGGGACAUGAUAAAGCAAGCACAACUGAUGAUGAAGAUAAGAAGGCUACAGAAAGUAUUUCUGUCGUACCUGAAGAACAGGAAGUAGAAAGUCUAAACACUGAUGUUGAAGAGCAGGAUUUAGAAAGUGCCAUUGCUGCAGGUCUAGAACAAGUUGCAGAAAGUGCCAGCACUGCAGGCGAGGAGCAGACUAAAGAAUGUGCCCCCACUGUGGAUGAGCUGCAGGUUGCAGAAUGUGAUACUAUAAAUGUUGAGGAAUUAAGUGAAGAAAAGGCUUCUGCUGCAUCUUUGGAGCACCAUGCAGAAACUUCCUCUGUUGAAAAGUUGGUUGGUGAAUGUCCAAGUACUGCCAAAGAGGUACAGGUUACAGAGAGUGCCACCCUAGUUACUGAUGAGCAGCUUGCAGAAGUUGCCGCUGAGGAGCAUGCUACAGAAAGUGCCGUGAAUCUUGCUUUGGAGAAAACUGAAGAAAGUGCUACUACUUUGGCAAAGGAAUCUGGGGAAAGUCUUCCUCUUGCAUUUGAGGAGUGUGAUGCAGUAAGUGCCCCCAGUUUGGCUGAGGAUCAGGCUGAAGAAAGUGGCAGCACAAUUGUUGAGGAACAAACUGAAAGUGUCUGUGUUGCUGAAUUGGAACAGGCAGAUGGAACUGCCAUUUCUGAUUCUGACGGACAGAUUGCAGCUUCAGUAGAUGAAAAGCACUCUGCAGAAAGUGUCUCUGCUGAAGCUGAGGAGGAGGCUACAGAAAGUGUCACCCUUUCUGCUGAUGAACAAACUGCAGAAGGUAUCACCCCUGCGACUGUAGAAGACACAGCAGAAAGUGCUAUUUUUGCUGUUGAGGAGGAGACUGCAAAAUGUGCAAUCAGUGUGGCUAAGGAAUCAUAUGAGAAAAGUACCUCUACUAUAGCUGAGGAAAGUUCCACUGCUGUAGAUAAAGAGCAAGCUGCAGAAAGUGUAACACCUGUUGCUGUGGAGCAUAUUGAAGAAAUGAUCCCUGCUGCUGCUACUGAAGAGCUGGUUGAAGAAAACUUUAGUGUUGAGGAACAGUCUGCAGAAGCUAUUCCCUUGGUGACUAAAGAAAUAGCUGAAGAAACUGCUUCUGCUGCAUUUCAGGAGGAGGCCACUGAUAGUGCUACCGUUGUUGAUAAUGGACUAGGUGCAGAAAAUGCCAUGAGUACUGCUGAAGGCUUGGCUACAGACACUGAGACACCUGCUACUGAGGAACAAGUUCCACAAGAUGUUACCGCUGGUUCUGAGGAGCAAACUGACCAAAGUACCAUCUCUUGUACAAAGGCGCUGACUGCAGAAAGUGUUACCAGUUUAACUGAGGAACCAGCUGCAGUAUGCAUGGCUGCUCCAGUUGAGGAGCAGGCUGUAGGAAUUGUUACUGCUGUUGCUGAUGAGCAGGCUGGAGAAAAUGCCACUACUCCUACAGAGGAACAGGCAGUAGAAGUCACUGCCAAUGUAACUAAGGAAAGUGCCCCUGCUGAAGUUGAAGUACAGGUAAUAGAAAAUGCCUCUGCUGAAGUUGAAGUACAGGUAAUAGAAAGUGCCUCUGUUAACACUGAGGAGCAGUCUUCAGAUAUGGAACAGAGAGUGGAAAAUUACUCAGAGGCUGCCCCUGAAAAAGAUGCAACUGAGAAGGAAGUAAUUAUCCUAGAUGAAGAAAACACUAACGCAAAUAAUAAAGCAUUGACUUUUAGUGCUGAUAUGGAUGCUCCAUGUUCUGUAGAUCUGAAUGAUGUUGUAGAACAGCAAGAGGACAAUGUUGUUAUGACUGUGGAAAAGACACCUGAAGAAAUGGUUGAUGGAAGAGAUCUUGCAUAUCAAGUCCCCCAGACUGUUAAUGAAACCAUCCCUUCGGUUGCAGAGGAGCACAGUAUGCAAAACAUGUUGGUAAACAUAUCAGAGGAAUUAACCCUAGACUCUGUUGUGUUGGCAGAGAGCCUUGAAUCUACUGCUCUUCACGUGCCACAGGAGGAAGUCCCAGUGUGUGAACAAGAGACUGUGCCAGAACCAACAAUCUAUUCAAUGCCUGUUGAACAACAAUCAACCACUGUGACUGAGGAUACUGUGAUCACAAAUAUCCCAGAGUUUGAAAGUUCUGAGGCUAUCAAAGCAUGUGAGACAGUUAAUACUGCAGCUGUACAAGAGCAGAUUUUAGCAGAAACUGUUGUGCCUAUUGAGAUUUCAGCAGAUACCACAGAAGCUUGUGAAACCGCAAAAGGUGCAGAUGACCUUAGUGAGACGUCUGGGGCUCUACAUACAGUGGUACAGUCUGUAUCUCAGAAAGCAGCAGCUAUUGUUGAUGCCGCAAUUGAAGCAGCUGCAAGCUGUUUGGUUGUAGAGGCUGCCACCACUACUUUAGAGCAAAAUAUAGCAGAAAAUGGUGUUUCCAUUCAAGAAGCUGUCUCGGUAUGCACAGAAGAAAAUGCUAGUGAGGACAACCUUGUUCAAACCAUUACUAUCAGCACUAUCAGCACAGUACAGAUUACUGAAACAUCAGUGGAAAAAAUUGAACAAAUAACUGAGGAUGUUCACAUUGGGGAUGAAGUUCAGGAAUUUCAGCAUGAAGAACACAAGCAUAGUUUAGAGGUUGAAGAGAUUGUACCUGUUUCUGCUCAGGGUACAGAAGUAGUAGUGACGGCUGAAGAGAGACAGGGUUUGCAGGAAACAGCAGCACCUGAAUCUGAACCCACCACAGUAGCCAGUGCUACUGGGUUACAUGAUGGCUGUGCCUUGCAAGAAGAGCAUAAAGAAACCACACCUGUACACACACAUGAGGAAUCUUUAAAACCUGCAGACAGUGAGUGUACAGAGCAAAUGACUGUGCAGAUUACACAUACUGAAAGUGAAUUAAGUAUGUCCAUCAGCAAACCUGUAGAAGAAAUUGUCUCUCAGGACAGUGCUGAGUUGAACACACAAGCAGACUCACAGACUGUGGAAUCCUGAGACAAAAGCUCUCCCACAUCAAGUAACAUUGAUGAAACCAGAACCUGAAAGCUGCUUGUGUUGCCAUUAACACAGAAUGUGUAACCAGAUAAAGGCGUCUUCCAAAGAUCCUGGAUUAUAAGAACACCAUCCAUCUGACCUCCCCUUAAUGGAAUGUACAUUGUUUAGACAAUCCUGAGGUGUCAUCAGGAGCUUCAGACAGAAUUGUUCUUUACUCCUAAAUACAAUUUUUAUUUGAGGGCCAAAAUGUAAGGAGUGAUCAAAAGAAUAAUCAUUAGCCAGUCAAGGCUAUAAAAAGAUUGUAGGGUGUCAAAAACCUGAAAUGGUCCAAUGAUUAUUCCAAAACUGGAGUGGGAAAAGAUAUGUAUUUAUGUGUAUAUCUCAUUUUACUGUAUAUUUUCUUUUCAGUUAUAUUAAGGAGGAAGAACACAGCAAACAGGUGAAUGCAGUUUAGCAGAGUCUAUACGCAUGAGUUUUGUAUUAUUACCACCACUGUCCCUAGAACAUCUCUGUUUAUAUUUAGCAAAAUAUACCAUUGGACUUUAUUUGCCUAACAAAAACGUUUGCUGCCUUUCUUCCUCCAUUAACAAAAUUUCUGGUUUAAGGAAAUAGAAGUAGAAGUUAUUGUUUACCGUGACAUUUAAAUUAUUACCCAAAAUUACUAUAAAUAAUACACCUAUAUUAAGUGCACUAUAAAGUUUAUUAAGACACCUGCUUUUCUUUUCUGUAACAGGUCACAUACCUGAACUGUGUGCGUUCGGUUUCCCCUACAAACCAAUGAGAUAGAGGGGACUUGUUUUUGUUUUUUCUUUUACUUUUUUUUGUUAAACGUGUUAUAUGUUUUACUGUCAUCUGGUUCUUACAAAAUGUGAAAAUUCUGCAAACUUUAGUUUUUACAGAAUAUGUUUAGUCUGAGUGGACCCCUCUUGCUGCCCAACAGGUUUUAAAAAUGUGUUUUCAUUCUGCUUAUGUACAUAUUGCUCAGCUGUGAUUUAUAAACACCAUAUGGUUAAAUAAAGCCCUUGCUUUUACCAUG